AGGGGGAAGGCAUCAAACCCUCCCCCCAAGAUGGCGGCGGUGACGGAGGAGUGGAUGGCGGAGGAAGGAGGCGGUGGCAGCUGCGGCGGCGGCUCUUCUAUGGCCGCGGGGGCUUCCCAGAGGCUGUCGCCGCUGCCCCCGCCGCAGCCGCCGCUGCUGGGACCCCAGUCGCCGGCCUCUCCGUCUCUGGCCUUGGACCAGCUGCCUCAUAACAACACGCUGGUGGCGUUGCCCAUCGUGGCCAUCGAGAACAUCCUCAGCUUCAUGUCCUACGACGAGAUCAGCCAGCUCCGCCUGGUUUGCAAGCGAAUGGACUUAGUCUGCCAGAGAAUGUUGAAUCAGGGAUUUCUGAAAGUUGAAAGAUAUCACAACCUGUGUCAAAAACAAGUUAAAGCACAACUUCCAAGGAGAGAGUCAGAAAGGAGAAAUCAUUCAUUAGCUCGUCAUGCGGACAUCCUUGCUGCUGUAGAAACAAGGCUCUCCCUGUUGAAUAUGACUUUCAUGAAGUAUGUGGAUUCCAAUCUCUGUUGCUUCAUUCCAGGAAAGGUAAUUGAUGAAAUUUAUCGAGUGCUGAGAUAUGUAAAUUCUACCAGAGCCCCACAACGGGCUCAUGAAGUCCUCCAAGAGUUAAGGGAUAUUUCCUCCAUGGCAAUGGAAUACUUUGAUGAGAAGAUUGUCCCAAUUCUAAAGAAGAAAUUACCAGGAUCAGAUGUGUCUGGGCGACUCAUAGGCUCUCCUCCAGUCCCAGGACCUUCUGCAGCUCUAACAACAAUGCAGCUUUUCUCCAAACAAAACCCUUCAAGACAAGAGGUCACUAAACUUCAGCAACAAGUGAAAACAAAUGGUGCUGGCGUGACUGUACUCAGGCGUGAAAUUUCUGAGCUUCGUACUAAAGUGCAAGAACAACAGAAACAGCUUCAAGAUCAGGACCAGAAACUUCUAGAGCAAACCCAAAUCAUAGGGGAACAGAAUGCUCGUUUAGCAGAGCUGGAACGAAAGCUUCGAGAAGUCAUGGAAAGUGCAGUAGGAAAUUCCUCAGGGUCUGGGCCAAAUGAGGAGUCUCCUCGGAAACGGAGAAAGGCAGUGGAAGCCAUAGACUCUCUUAGAAAAUCUAAACGCCUUCGAAAUAGAAAAUAACUUGGAAUUCAGUUAUAGCUCCAAAAAGGCAUGGCUUAGCGGCCUAUGCAGUCAUGCUCACAUGGAUACUUGGGUUUAGCAGCAUGAUGUCCUUUAGGCUGCUCGGUCUUCAAAACACAACUUAGACUUUGACAUUACUCAUUGUUGGGACAUUUUCCCCCUUUCUGUCUGGGUGGACUGAUGCACAGGAUGUUUUUAAUUUGCAAUAGAUUUGUAAUAACUAGACCCACUCUAUCAUGUUUUGAGGAGUUAACCUUUUUUUCUGUGCAGAUGAUGUAUUAAAGUAAAUUUAUUUGUGUUUCUGCAUAUAUGCACAUUAAAUAAGGAUCUUAAAUAAACCCUAUCUUGACAGACUAGAAAUGAAGUUUAAGUACAGAAAAUGUCCUGUUCACUUGAAAGAAAAGACCUACUAUUUAAAUGGACACUAUCUUGUGUAAAAAACAAGUCAAUUUUUUGUUACAAGUGACCUUUGUCUGGAAUGUCUGAAAAGUAGUUAAUACUUUUUGGUAUUGAAGUAAUGGGUGAUUGAAAAGGACUUCUACAGUAUUGACUGCAGAAGAAACCUCUACAGUAUUGACUAUAUAUUUUUGUAGACUACUGGCAAGGGACUCAUCCAGCUAUUAUAUACACAGUUACAAUUUUCUGUUGGAACCAGGUCCUACAUUUGCAUGGAUAGAUGCAUGCACUGCCUUUAUAGCUCGCUCAAGAGCACUUGCACUGGUAUUGACCUUGAACUUCUAGAUUUUCCCAUUGGUAAAGAAAGAAGUUCCUAAAUUCUUAGUUCCCUAGUUAACAUCUGCUCUCAUUACAGCAGGCAGAGGUGAGCUUGAUCCUUUAAUGGGGAAAUGUACUAGUUUAUUUAUAAGACCUCUAUUUAUAUGGAGGUUGAACAGUACUCAAGCCUGUUUCAUUAUCCAUUCCCUGGAGAGUUCAAGUACUCUGGCAAAGGCAGAAACCCAACUUUCAAGGCUCUUUCUGUUUAUGUGGGAUCUCUGGUUACUAGUACUGUCUUAUUACACUACUGUGUCAGCCCAUGGGUAAAAUGUGAUGACUGAGUAGUGGACACUGCUUAUCUGUCUAACUUUUUCAUCAGUGAAGCAAAGUCCAUUCAAGAAAAUGGUUAUACAAUGAAAAGACAUUUACAGCAUUUCAUUGGGAGAGGGGAGAAUAUCCAAGGGAAGCUUUUUAAUACUAAUGACUAUAUUUAAGCUUUCCUUAUUCUAAAACUUUAAACAAAAGCUUUAAUUUCUUUUUGCACUCCUGUUUUAAACUUGUAACUGGAAAAGCAUGUCUUGCACUGUUCAAUCUUCUGAUUGGUCACUUUAACAACCUCUAAGUUGUUGUGUACAGUGAUUAUUUUUCCCAGUUGUAUAUUUUUGAAACAUUAUACAGAUAUCACUGUCCUUAUUUUAUUUUUUAGUGUAUUAAAUAGCUAUCAUUUGAUUGUUAAAAAUUCUUUUAAGCAACUCUUGCCUUGGGCUUCAGUGAAAUUAAAGAACAUUUAGGUGUAGCAUGGAAAAAUAUUUCCUUGUGGAAGUUUGAUAUCUAAAUUAAAAUCUAUGGGUAAGAAUCUUAGCUUAAUAAAGCACAAGGUUACUAUCUUUUUUCAUCCGUCCAAUAUAAUGAGUUAUACUUCCCAUUCCCAACAAAAGUAAAAUUUUUCCUAUCCAUUCAUAAUUGUCUUUAGAUUUCUAUCAGUAACACCUAACUUGGAAAGUCCAUUUACAAUGUAUGUUUUAAGUAAAGAUAUUUAAUAAGCUAAGCUGAUGAUUUUUUUUGGAAGAGAUAAGCCAACAAUUUCCAUAAAAUAUCUUUGUCAACACAGGUAAAAGUCCCAGGUUGGAAUUCAUCUCAGCUGGUUUUCUUUUUUGUUAUCAAGUUAUCCAUAAUGUUAUAGCUGGGUUGGAGGCCUGCUGGAAUAUACCAUGGCCUUCACUAAAGACUGCUUUUCUAGAAUUCAGGAGACUUUGUUUUAAGUAACAGAAUAUAUAUUUAUCUAUUAUGAUGAUUAUGCAUUUAACAGUCUUAGUUUGUUAUUAAGAGGAACACUUUAACAGGUCUUAAUGAAUUACAAAAAGUCUGUACGCCUGGGAAAGGUUUGUUUGGUACACUAUCCACUUAUGGCUUCACUAUGAUUCACUUUUUAUUUCUUAACUCACUUUCAUUCAGACCUUCUUUUCUUAUGUUUCUAUGUAAUAUCCCAAGUGUCUAGGCUGUUUCACCAUUAUGGUCUCUCCUUAGUGGAUGUGAACAGGUGGUUUUUAUAAUAAGCAAUCAGCAUAAUAGAAAAUAAUUGACGAUCAGCAAAUCACAAUUUCUGACAUUAAGCACAUUAAAACCAGAUCAAACCAGUUUACCAUUUACAAAUUACCCUUCCAUGGUAUUUCCCUCACAUAGAAAUGUUCUUUACAAGAACAAAUGGGACAUACUUUAAUUCUAAAGAAAUCGGCCUCUUGUAUGCUUUUUUUUUUUUUUUUUUUGUGGGAAGUUACUUGUUUGGAGCAAAAGGUCCUUCUCUUAAAAGGAAUUUAAAAUUUUUUUUCUCAUAUAUUGGGAUUAAGACAUCGAAAUUUAAGCACUUUCUGAAUUACAUUUGUUAAUAGAUUUUCACUUAAGGAAGAAAGGAGAGGGGUAGGCACUGCAGACACCAUUGCUCAUUUUUAAUUGCAAAAAUUCUAGGAAACAAAAAAUAAGAUAGGAGAUUUUCCCCCCUGCUUAGGCGAUAGGAGAUUUUUAUUUAAGUUUCUGAUAGACACUAAUUACUUUGAUCCACUAAAAGUUGAUAAUACACAGUAAUUUCAAGAAAACUAUCCUAUUGUUCUGAAUUGUCAUUAAUUUGAAUGGUAAACAGUUAUGAUAUAAAUAUGUUAUACUAGGAAAUCACUUGACAGAAUAAAUAAGUUUGCACUGCAGCAUCCCAGCUGUUUUUCAGAGCCUUUUCCAGGAGAGCCUGCUUCUCAUUGAAAUUGCUUUGUUUUUAUGGACCACACUUACUAGUAAAUUCAUUCUGCUAAAAUGGAUUUUGAGCUAUAAUACAAAAAAAAGCACUCAACAAGGAAUUUAGGGUUUUCAACCCAGCAUCGUUUGUGUUUUUCUAUGUGAAUAUUAUUUAUUUCCUUAUAGAUAGUUUACAAAUCUCAUGUUAUAAAAUCUUUAUCUGCAUUAUUUUUUCAAGCUCCUGAUUGGAAGAGACACUGUGGUUUGGAGGAAUGAGUAUUGGAUUUAGAGUCAGAGCACCUUUUUUCAAAUCCUAACUGUUACCUGUGUUGUUUUGGGCAAGUCACUUCACCUGUUAGCCUCAGUUUCCUCAUUUGUAAAGUGAAGGAUUUCGGCUCUCUAGAUGGUCUUUAAAAUCCUUUCCUGCUCUGAAGGCUAAGUUGUCUAUUGUACUUGGACUCCAGAAAUGCAGAACAGACAUUUGAACAUAUUAUUAACUACAUAUUUUAAGAGAACCCUGUAGGAUUCCCUGAAAUUCAGAUUUGAUAGCCACUAUUGGAAGCAACAUUUUCUGUAAUUAUGUUUCUAGUUUUGACUUUUUUAUAGAAUUGAAUUUCUACAGAAGCUGGUCUUAAACUACUUAAUAGCUCCAAAACAGAGAGGCUUUUGACCUAAACAUUAAAAUUCUAAAGGAAAUACUUCAUUUGACUCCCAACAUGGGUAAAAAUAAGGAAGGAAAUUAAUACUUUAAUCUAGAGAGCUAAAAGAAAUGUUACAGUUUAAUUAUCACAUGAAAAUCUAUGAAUGGCACAUGAAAAGACUGUGUAAUGUGCAUUACAUCUGGUUAUGAAUCAUUUAAGUCAUUGAUACUGUUCGCAUUAUUUAUGCCAGUUCAAAACCUGCACUUUAAUCUCCAAAGAAACUAAAUGCACAAUAUGCUGGCCAAUUAAAUUAGUUUUUUGGAGGUGACUUCCUUUUUUAAGUUUUUAUUUGAUAGCUAUAGUGAUUUCUGAGAAUACUUGUAUAUUGCCCUAUUUCAAACAGCAUGUAAGUUUGUGAUGUUAGGAAAAGUGAAAACAACAUAAAUCUUAAGAUGUAGUGCACAACAUAAUAUCUUUAUAUCCACUUCCAUCUAUUCUUGAGUACCCUAUUAUCAGGCACCUUUAAAAAAAACAAAACAAUGCUAUAAAUAAUAGUUGAGGUUAAAAAUAAAAAGUUCCCUGAAAAGCAAUUUUCUGUAUAGGGAGAAAGCUGAAAAGUCUGGUCAUGCUAUGAAACUCCGUGGAUUUGGAAGCCAUCUGAGUUAGCUUCUAGUGAUAAAAGUAGCUUUUUAAACCCUGCCAAUUGUCUUUAUCAUUUUGGUACAAUUUCCUUAACCAAGAAACACCAACAUUUUCUUUGAAAUCAAAGGGGUAAUAAUGAAAAUUACCCUAUAAAAGCUGCAUAGUAACUGCUUGUCUUUGGUUUUUGAAUAGUGAGGGCUUUUAACAAUAAUAGUGUUGAUAAAAUGAAUACAUUGGUGAUAAAGUUGCAGGCUGGAGCCAGGUUCUUUUGAUUGAUCAAUGUUGAUAUUGCCUCCACCUAUGCAGAAAGCAACCCCUCCAUGCCUUCAACCUGUGCAAUUCCUGUCAAUGUCUUUACAAAAGUCCUCUUCUUUACAGAAGAUCCAUCCAUACAUGCACUGGAGGCCUUCUUUGUGUUUGUUUUUUUUUAAUAGUUUGUAAUCAAUGUAGCGCUCAGGCUAUCCACUUCUUGUCCUUCCAUCAUGCCACAUGACUAGCCCACUUUGUACAUGUUGUCACUGAUAUUUUUAGUAUUUCUCGUGGGCAAGUCAUUGUUGACAAUAUGCUGCAACCUACGUAUACUUAUUCUGUAUCCAUUACCCUUUUGGUUUGCUUAAAAUAUUUUUUUUCAUUUGUUAUAUGAUCUGCAGCCAUUUAGCAUCAGUAGAAAAUAUUAAUGUUAAAAAUACGGAUUUUGGUAGCACCAAACAGUUUGGGAUCAUUGAAAGUAUGCAUGAUUUCUCAAAUGUGAUCCAGCCGAGUCUUUUCUCCCUGCUCAAUUCUGGGUUGAGCUCAUCGUCCAUACAAGUCUCUUGAAAAUUGGCUUCUUAAACCCCCUAAAAUAUGUAAAAAUACAUAUGUCCCAAAAGUUUGUAUUGAGUUCCUAAUGUAUGGCGAAUAUUAAAUCUAAACUUACCAGUCAUAAUCAGAAAGGACAUGUGAGAUAAGUAUUGAUGUGUUCAAAGGUCUAUUGAUGUGACCUUAUAGAAUAUGUGGUCCUUAUUCAGAGUCAUACCAAAGGACAUUACUGGUCAUAAGAGUAUAAUAUUUUUAAUGUGGUACCAUUUCUGUUUACCUAUGUCACAAUGAACUAGAGGUUUAGUUUCUGCAUUUUAAAUGUUGAUGACCUAAUGCAAGCAUUGGAAAAGUGAGAAACACCUUCCAGUCAUACAUCAGGGUACUUCAAUAAAUGUGUUAUUACCAUU